CUAAAAUCCGUAACUGGAAUACCAUUCAUAUUUUUGUUCAGCUGAUUGCGUUAAGCGGCACACUUCUGUGCACGCUUUUAUCUAGAAAACAAGGCAAAGAAAUAGCAGGCCAGCAACUAGCGAAACAAAACGAUUACCAGCUGGGUAAUGAUCAGAUGUUUACUGGAAUUUUCCAUACAUAAUUCAGAUUAAAGAACUGAACCUCACAAAAUGGCGGUGAUUCAAUUGUUUAACGAGAUUGGGACCAUCUUUCGCAACACACCCACGUUUGCACUCGUUCUAGAAAUAUUCCUGCUCAUUACCGUCAUCUGGCUGCUUCUCCAUAAACGUGGCGGUGGGCGGCGUCGUCGCUUCACCAAAGAGGAGGAGGACUCAAUAAUUGAGAACUAUGAGCCGGAACCACUGGUGGGGGAGUCCGACCCAAAUCAUCCUUUGCUGCGCACCCGUAUGGUGACGUCCAAGGUGGGCAAGCGCAUCAACGUCGAUGGACACGACUGCCUCAAUCUGGGCUCGCACAACUACUUGGGUUUUCUCGAAGAUCAGGACAUUCUGGAAGAGGCCUGCAAGUCCCUGCGCAAAUACGGCGUCGGAUCGUGUGGUCCCCGCGGCUUCUAUGGCACCAUGGAUGUGCACUUGGAGCUGGAGGAGCGUAUUGCCAAGUACAUGGACCUUGAGGAAGCCAUUGUGUAUUCCUACGGCUUUUCGACGGUGGCCAGUGCCAUUCCCGCCUAUGCCAAGCGUGGCGAUAUUAUCUUUGUAGAUGAAGCUGUCAACUUUGCCAUCCAAAAGGGACUGGAUGCAUCUCGAAGCACGAUCGUAUACUUCAAGCACAACGAUGUCAAGGAUCUUGAGCGCCUUCUUGUUGAGCAGGAGAAGCGUGAUCUGAAGAACCCAAAGAAGGCCCUGAAGACGCGUCGCUUCCUAGUUGCCGAGGGCAUCUACAUGAAUACUGGCGAGAUUUGUCCGCUGCCCGAGCUGGUGGCUCUGCGCAAGCAAUACAAACUGCGCAUUUUCGUCGAUGAGAGCAUUUCCUUUGGCACACUGGGCAAAGGAGGACGCGGUGUCACCGAGCACUUCAAUAUCGACCGCAAUGAAAUCGAUCUGAUAUCCGCUGGAAUGGAGGGAUCCAUGGCCACCAUUGGCGGCUUCUGUGUGGGCUCACACUUCAUAGCCGAACAUCAGCGUCUGUCUGGCCUGGGCUAUAUAUUUUCAGCCUCGCUGCCGCCCAUGCUGACCCAAGCUGCCAUUUCUGCCCUGGAUCGUUUCGAACGGGAGCCGCAAAUCUUUGAGCAAUUGCAGACCAACGCCCGGCUGUUGCACAAGAUCUUUUCACAUUUCUCCAAGCUGCGCCUGUGCGGGGACGAGCUGUCCCCCGUCAAGCACUUGUAUUUGGCACUUCCUCUGGAAAAUAACGAUGCGGAGCGGAAGCUCCUCACUGAGGUGGCCGAUAAGUGCAUUGCUCGAGGCGUGGCUGUCGUGGAGGCAGCCUACCUGCAGGACAGGGAACACAAGCCAGUGCGUCCCAGUAUACGAAUUGCCGUGAACCGUCUGCUGGAAGAGUCGGAGAUUGCAGCCGCUUUUGAGAUCAUCGAGAGUGUUAGCAGCGCCGUGCUGUAGAUCGUGCAAAGAGAACAUCUUUCUUAUUUCUGUGUGUGUUUGUGUGUAAUUAAUUGUACAUUUCCUGAUCAGUAUGGAAUAUUGUAGUUCAACUAUGAUGAACUUAACCCUCCACUUGCUUUAUUUGUUUGCUUCGACCAGCAUUGCACUAUAAUUUAAUGGAUUUCUGCUA